GGCGCACAAGGCGCCGCCGACCGGAAGAGCGCGUGCGCCGGCGGGAGCCCUGCGCGCGGGAGGCCAGGAGGCGUGGGCGUGGAGCCGGCCGCCCAGCGAGAAGCCCCGGGGCCGGCGCGGCCCGGCGCGGCGCGGAUGGCCCUGCUCCUCUUGCUUCUCCUGCCGGCCGCGGUCGGGGGCCAGGAGCAGGCCCAGGCCACCGACUGGAGGGCCACCCUCAAGACCAUCCGGAACGGCGUCCACAAGAUAGACACCUACCUGAACGCCGCCCUGGACCUGCUGGGGGGCGAGGACGGGCUGUGCCAGUACAAGUGCCGCGACGGAUCUAAGCCUGUCCCACGUUAUGGUUAUAAACCCUCCCCACCGAAUGGAUGUGGCUCUCCACUGUUUGGUGUUCAUCUUAACAUCGGCAUCCCCUCCCUGACGAAGUGCUGCAACCAGCACGACCGCUGCUAUGAGACCUGCGGCAAAAGCAAGAACGACUGCGAUGAGGAGUUCCAGGAUUGCCUCUCGAAGAUCUGCCGGGACGUGCAGAAGACACUGGGCCUGGCUCAGCACGUGCAGGGUGAAGAACAAAACAUGACCGAAAUAGAUGCCUUCUAUAAAAGAGAAAUGUUUGAUCCGGCAGAAAAGUACAAAAUGGACCACAAAAGGAGAGGAAUUGCUCUAAUCUUCAAUCAUGAGAGGUUCUUCUGGCACCUAACCCUGCCGGACAGGCGGGGCACGAGCGCAGACAGAGACAAUCUGAUGCGCAGGUUUUCAGAUCUGGGAUUUGAAGUGAAAUGCUUUAAUGAUCUUAAAGCAGAAGAACUGCUGUUGAAAAUUUACGAGGUGUCAACCUCUAGCCACGCAGAUGCCGAUUGCUUCGUCUGCGUCUUCCUGAGUCACGGCGAAGGCAAUCACAUUUACGCGUACGACGCCAAAAUUGAAAUUCAGACCUUGACUGGCUUGUUCAAAGGAGACAAGUGUCAGAGCCUGGUUGGAAAACCCAAGAUAUUUAUCAUUCAGGCCUGUCGGGGGGACCAGCACGAUGUGCCCGUCACUCCUUUGGAUGUAGUGGACCACGGGACAGACAAGCUGGAUGCCAACGUGACCCAGGUGGAUGCGGCCUCCGUUUACACGCUGCCUGCUGGAGCCGACUUCCUCAUGUGCUACUCUGUCGCAGAAGGUUACUAUUCCCACCGGGAGACCAUCAACGGCUCGUGGUACAUUCAAGACCUGUGUGAGAUGCUGGCGAGGUUCGGCUCCGCCUUAGAGUUCACGGAACUCCUCACGCUGGUCAACAGGAAAGUGUCCCAGCGCCGAGUGGACUUCUGCAAGGACCCGAGUGCCAUUGGAAAGAAGCAGGUGCCCUGCUUUGCCUCCAUGCUAACGAAAAAGCUGCAUUUCUUCCCAAAAUCCAAGUGAGAGGAGCUCUUUUAUGUAUCUGUCUUCAAAAUAGAUUUCCUUUUUUUACAUAAAUAAGUAUCAGUAGGUUUAAGCUUAUGGUACAGCAAUUGAAGAUGUUUUAAGGUUUAAUGAGAGAGCUUUUUAAAAAAAUAGUUCCUAUUGGACAAGGUGCAGGGGUGUGCUCUGCAUAGAAAGGGAAUCUCAGGGACUGACUGUAGAUCCCAGCCGCAAGGCUCUGCAGCACUUGAUUUUCACAGGAAGCUGCAGGGUUGCGCAAACUGUCGGGCGAUGUAGCUUGUAUUUUAUAAGCAUUUAUCAUGUUUUUAAAGGGUUUCUGAAACCCAAGAAUUAUAAAGUUGUUUUCCAUUAUUUCAAAUUCAUGUUUUAUUAAAUUUUUCUAAUUUACAUUCUUA